GGCAGCAAUGUCUCCCACCUGCACAGGUGUCAGAUGGUGCAAUCCAUGCUUCCAAAGUCACUGAAAGCCAUGAAAUUCUACUUCACUACUGUGUAUCAAGAAAUAUGGGUUGGCGUGGCAUUAACAGCUUAUGUCUAUUACAAAAUUUCAUAUGGUGGCAAAAAAGCAGUGGCAGAUAAGUCCUCUGGUGCUGGCCAUCAUUAA